AAAUUUUGCAGGGUAAAUUAGCCUGCCCGGGUUGGAGCUCUUUACUCUUGGAUACGUUGGGGUUCGGAAAGAUAUUAAGAUAUGGAUGUUCUUACUGCUCUUCUACUUCUAGUCCACCUGACCCCCGUGUCCACAACUAAGAAUGGAGUGAAUAGCAAGAGUCGGAAGAGAGUCAUGCCUGAGCCAGUGACAGAGCCCCCCGUGACGGACCCCAUUUACGAAGCUCUCUUGUACUGCAACAUUCCCAGCGUGGCUGAGCGCAGCAUGGAAGGUCACGCCCCGCAUCAUUUUAAGCUGGUCUCAGUGCAUGUGUUCAUUCGACACGGGGACAGGUACCCACUGUAUGUCAUUCCCAAAACGAAGCGACCAGAAAUUGACUGCACUCUGGUGGCUAACAGGAAACCGUAUCACCCUAAACUGGAAGCUUUCGUUAGUCACAUGUCAAAAGGAUCCGGAGCCUCUUUCGAAAGCCCCUUACACUCCCUGCCUCUUUACCCCAAUCACCCACUGUGUGAGAUGGGAGAGCUCACGCAGACAGGAGUCGUGCAGCAUUUGCAGAAUGGCCAGCUGCUGAGGGACAUCUAUCUAAAGAAACACAAACUCCUGCCGAGUGACUGGUCCACAGACCAGCUUUACUUGGAGACCACUGGGAAAAGCCGGACCCUACAAAGUGGGCUGGCCUUGCUUUAUGGCUUUCUCCCCGAUUUUGACUGGAAGAAGAUUCAUUUUAGGCACCAGCCAAGCGCUCUCUUCUGCUCUGGAAACUGCUAUUGCCCCGUGAGAAACCAGUAUCUGGAAAAGGAGCAGCGUCGGCAGUACCUCUUACGUUUGAAAAACAGCCAGCUGGAGAGGACCUACGAGGACAUGGCCAGGAUCGUGGACGUCCCCACCAAGCAGCUUCGAGCUGCCAACCCCAUAGACUCCAUGCUCUGCCGCUUUUGCCACAACGUCAGCUUCCCGUGCACUAGGAAUGGCUGUAUUGACAUGGAGCACUUCAAGGUGAUCAAGACGCAUCAGAUAGAGGACGAGAGAGAGAGGCGGGAGAAGAAGCUUUAUCUGGGCUAUGCGCUCCUGGGCGCCCAUCCCAUCCUCAACCAGACCGUCAGCCGGAUGCAGCGCGCCGCAGAGGGCAAGAGAGAGGAGGUCUUUGCCCUCUACUCUGCUCACGAUGUCACUCUGUCGCCAGUUCUCAGUGCCUUGGGCCUUAUGGAAGCCAGAUUCCCAAGGUUUGCAGCCAGGUUGAUCUUGGAGCUCUGGCAAGACAGAGAAAAGCCCAGUGAGCAUUCUGUCCGGAUUCUGUAUAAUGGUGUCGAUGUCACAUUCCACACCUCUUUUUGCCAGGACCACCGCAAGCAUUCUUCCAAGCCUAUGUGCCCCCUCGAAAACUUAGUCCGAUUUGUCAAAAGGGACAUGUUUGUGGCCCUGGGGAGUAGCGGUAGUACUAAUUAUUAUGAUGCAUGUCACAGGGAGGGAUUCUAAAAGGAAGGCAGUGCGGUGCUGAUAGAAUCUGUGCCAAUACAGACGGAUGGAAAGGGUGCGCUUCUAGUUCUAUCCAUUGCCAAGGGCGUAAGAUUUUUGAUUUAUAAAGGCUAGAAAUCAUGUUGGAGCCACGUAGAUGGUUGGGUUGAACAGGAAGCACAGGAAGCACACUGUUAUAAUCGGGUACGUGAGUCAUGGCCAGUUCACAGAGAGAGGAAGGUACUUUCAUCAUAGCCCGACUUUGCUUACGAUGCCAGGAGAAUAUUUCAAUACCCAGAGUUGCCAAUCCA